AUGGAUGCUGCACAGAUUGCUCGGCUCAACGAGCUGCAAAUGGCUGAUCUUGGAACUCAACGUCGCGAGUACGUCACAACCGCCGACGACCCUAAGAAAAUCUCACGCGCAGGAACAAAAGAACUUGAAGCCACGCGCGAAUGCAAUAUCGUCGGAACCGCCUCACACUCGCAAGCCACCCAGAAUAGGGCGAAGUUAGAUGCCUGGUCCAACCUUCACAAAACUGUGGCCGAUACAGGUGGACUUGAAAAACUUGCGGAUAUUAUGCAAGGUCAAAGCCACCGUGCUAAUCUGAGCGCCACUAUUGCAGAGGCUGGAGGUCAACACUACGGCAUUGUAAAGGCUGGAAAGGUGUCACCCAAGCCAGCAGUAGGACUAGGAACGGGUAAUCACCCGAUUCUUGCUUCAACUGGCCGUGGAGGUGGUGUGAUGGGGACACGAGGCCGAGGAAAUCCCUCUCGUGGCCCCUUUAACCCCCCCGUCGUCAAUUCCAGCCCACGAGUUGAAGCCCUUCCGUGGAGGACCAUUGUCUGGGGCGAGGCAUUUUCUCGACAAAGCAGGAGCCCUGGUUAUGGAAGAGGUAAUCGACGGGUUAUGGCAUCAAGACCUCCUCGGGAAAAUCUCAGAGCCCCAAUUCUGGGGACGCCAAUGGACUUCCUCCAGCAGCUUCACUCACGGGAGGCUAAACUUGGAGAGCCAGAAGUGGUACCAGGUUCAACCGCAAAGAUGAUCGCGGAAGCUGUGGGACGAAUGACGGAUUCGCCCCCUAUGAAGCCCAAUGUGGUAGCCUCCGCAGCCAGAAAGCCAUCAGGUCUCUCGGAGGACAAGCAUCAGAACAAGGGAGCCAAGGCAGAGGACCUGGCACUAGCCACCAAACCCUUUUCGGUUUCUUGUGCGCCAUUGGCCAAGCUUGCUGAGCCGGAUAACUCGAUGGAAACUUCAAAGGUAAGUUACAGCUUGAUAACCCCAAAGGUCUUCAUGAUAGCCAAGUCCGGGGAAGACAACACGUCUCAUUUAUUGGAUGAUUGUCUAGAGGAUAGCCCCAUCGAGACUCAAGCUCUGAAGCCUCUCCCAUCGAACAAUGACCUUUGGGCCUCAGUUCCAAAUCAUGCUGACACUAUCUUGAACCAGUCCCACGGAGAAAGCGUGGAGCAUGACCUUCUCUUGGAUUUCCACGGCGACGGCGAGAACAUCCCUACGUCAAGCACUAUGAGUGUUCCGAUUUCCAAAAAGGUUCAACAAAGUACCUCAUUCGUGUCGAAUUUGGACGAUCUUUCUGGGCUUGAGUUCGUCCAUGAGCCUGAGCCGGAGUCGACAGAACCCAAGUUGACAGAACCUGAGUCGAGAGCACCAGAGUGGAAGCCUGGCGAUUCCAGCUCGAGCCAGGCCACACAGACAAUUAGUGAUGUGGAAAAAAGUCUUACUGACCCGGAGAUUAUGGAGAAAGUUGCAGCUGCUGCGAAACAAUUUACGGAAGCCUACAAGACCCUCUCGAGUCUCCCGCCUGAAGUUUCGGCUCUCCUAUGCCAGACUCUCGCCGAAGCCCAUAGUCAAACUCCGGGAUUACAGGCACUUGUUCCUAGGACUGGAUCAGAUGGAAACUUCAAUCGAAAUGUAAUUCUUGCCAUGGACAGGCGGUUUGCGAAGGUUGGAUCUGUUCUGGUUGAUUAUCGAGAACGGACCUCGCCUUCGCCGGAUAAUACCCCGACUGAUGACACAUUAUACGACGCUCAGCAGGACCUGAACUGGUCUCCGAAGAACAGUCAAUUUGCCUUGGAUGAAGUGGCCGAUGUCGAAAGGAGUCUGAGAGCCUUAACUAUGUCGGACCUGAACUCUCCAAGUCCUACAAUUCGUCGUUCUAGCAAUAGUUCGAUAGACAUUGGGCCACGCGUUGCAAAGGACAAAAAUACCCGCGCAAUUAGCAGCCCAGCUACUGUGACCCAUGCAAAGCCCAAGCGCAAGCCCAUUCAAUCGUUGAAUGCAUCGCGAUGGGCCAAUGUGGACACCGGGCCCAGCACUGUUUCUACAGAAAAUGACCUGCCGGAUGAAGUAGUGCAAAAGACCCGUUCAGUUAGUGUCCCGGUCAAGCUUACGGCUCCUAAGCCGAAUUCUCUAGCUGAGUCUAUACAUGCACAUGAUUGGAAGCUCCAUCAUCAACUCAACAAAGCGAAAGUGAUCGGGGUGCCUCCAUUUAGUGCCGACAGAAGCUUCUGCACUGUAGUCGAACCGGCUAGUGCGUCCCGCAGCUCCUCGGGAACUCUCUCGAGCGUGUCUUCGAAGCGAAUUGGCGUCCCAACCAUUGGCCCUCCGCCUUACAAUCCUGACACCAGCCACCCGAUUACAGCUUCAGUCCAGACUGGUGUCCAGACUGGUGUCCAGACUAUCGGCACUCGGCCCUACAAUCCUCGCGCCACCCAUUCGAUUACGGCUUCCAGCCAGUCACUUGUCAAGACUAUCGGACCUCCACCUUACAAUCCUGGUGGAAACACUCUGCCUGUCGCUUCGAGUCAGACUGGUGUCAAGACUACCGGCCUUUCUCCUUACAAUCCUAGCGCCACAAAUUCGACUACAGCUUCGAGCCAAACUGGCGUCAAGACGAUUGGCCCUCCUCCUUACAAUCCCGCCGCCAAGGCCCUCAAAAAGGAGAACAAGCCGUACAACUUCAGUGAGGGUCGGGAUCGGGAAGGCCUUGAUCAUGAACUUAUGGACCUGGUCUGA